CUCCGGUCCACAUGCUUGGACGGUCACACUCCCUGAAAUGCGUUGACAAACUAGCAACAGAAAAAACUGAAAAUAUAUUAAUAAAUAGUUUCCUCGAUAUUCGAGUGAACUAAAGCGCAGGGCAGCACAUCGCCAAUAUGGUCGUCCCCAAAGAGAUCCUGACCGACUACAAGGAGCUUUACGAGAAGGCCAACCGGCUAGUGGAGGAGGAGAGUCGUAGUGAUCCGCCCACGGAUCCUUUCCGCUCUCACUACAAAGCCCGCGAUGUCCUGGAAGAUUUAAAGAAACAGCUUGACGAUCAACUGGUGAACGUUGAGGCCAGCGAGGAUGAUGGCGGCCAGGAUGACCUCUGUUACCGCUCUCUGCUGGCAUUCGUGUGUCGGGAUCUCGGCAGGAUUUACAUCUACACGGAGGAGCAAUCGCAGGGCGAGAAAAUGCUGAAUCGUUGCAUGGAACUAGUCACGCCGCUCAAAGAGCGCCCCGAAGGCAUUAUUCCCUACAUUGGAGCCAUUAACGAGCUGAGUAUUGUACUGGCCUCCAAGGAGGAGUACAAAAAGGGUUUGGACAUUCUUAUCGAGGCAGAGACUGGCUACGAAAAGUUUAAGGCCAGUGGCUUGCAACCCCUGGCAAUAAAGGAUGUAUUCAAUCCUCCGGAGAGUGAGCAGGAAUGUCCUGUGGCGGGACCCAAGGAGCUAGAAUCUCUGUACACUCUGGUCUCCUUCUACAUGGCUCAGAUGUACGGUCACUUGGGUGAGCCGGAAAAGUCUGCGAAAUGCUGCCACCGCACUCUGCACCGCCAGCUGGAGUACAAGUCGUACGACGCCAUUGACUUCGCACUGAACACCGCUACCUUGUCCCAGUUCUACAUUGGAGAGGAGCGUUUUGAGGAGGCACGUCAUCACCUGGCUGCCGCGACCCUCAUAAUGGCGGAGUACGAGGCCCACAUGUUGGAGCCAGAGAUGAGUGAGCAGCAGCGACAGGAAGUGGCGGAGACCUUCAAGCAUCGCUACGCCGAUGUGGCUCGCUGUUGGGCCAAGUACGGAUUGUAUUUGAUGCACACCUCAAAGCUGCGUCUUAUGAGGGACGAAGAUGACGAGGCUAAGAAUCUGGAAAAGAUUAUGCGAAACCUUAGACUGGCUGAGGCGCAACAGUCGCGAUUUCCUGGUCUCGAUCUCACAGCCUGCGAGAACCGGAUCAGCUGCGAGUAUUGCCUAACAUUCGACGAUGCUAAACUGGUGUUCCAUUUCGUUAACGAGUGGCUGGACAUAGCUAAGGACUAUUACAAGGCCGAGAACGAGGCUACCGAGUACUCGAAAAUUAUUCAGGAUUACGCCGAGGCGUAUGAGCACAUUGCUUUCUUCGAGGAGAAUCCGGAAAACCAGGCUAAGAUGCAAAAGCGUCGCGCUAAAUACUUGGAAGAUCUGCUCGACCUUCUUGAUCCCAUCUUCUACUUGAAGAUUUGUCGGGAAUGUUGGUACGGCGCCGGUACAGCCCAUGCAGCCGUGCUGGAUGUCCGUCUCGAUAUAAUUCGGGCUACCAGCACCCCAUCGCCGGAGGAAAUCAAGAAGGUUAAUCAGAGCUGUAUGAAAGCUAUCAAGCACUUCGAGAGCUAUGUAAAGUCCUACUUGGCCAAACCGCAGAGCGAAGAGUGGCGUUCCAACAUGGAUGUGCAGGAGCAGCGUCACAUGCUCUACGCCCACUUUCACAUCGGCCGCAUCUACUAUAAACUUAUAAGUGCCCAUCCGCUACAGCAGUUGGAGCAGCUGGCUAAUUGUCACACUUACUAUAAGAGAUUCGAUGCCGGAUGCCAGCUCCACAAGGAGGCGGCAGAACCGCUCCAGGGGGAGAUUGGGGUUGUACGAGAGAUGCUGCAGCUGCUGCCCCUCAAGAUAAACACGGUCAAGGCGAGAUUGGGUUAGACCAGAUUUACCCGAUCUUCUGACAAUUUCCAAACAAUAUGUUGCAUUUGCCGAAAGCUUUAUAAGUAGUCCAAAUAAAACGCUUACUGUUAA